AUGGCGAAGAGUAUUCGGUCAAAAUCAAAACGACGGGUACGUGCUAUUAAACGUGAACGACUUGCACCACGUGUAUUAAAACGUUUGCAGACAACUGUCUCAAAUCUUGAUUGCAACAAAAUAAAAAUGGAAAUUGAUAAAUCUGAUUUAACAGCUGAUUCCGAUAUCCAGUUUUCAAAGAUGGAAACUAAUGGGGAAAAUUUGAACUUGAAAACGAUGAAGAGGCCGGACGGUUCAUAUCCGGUAUGGCUAAGCCAACGGAGGAUAAAGAAGAUGAAGAGUAAACAAAAAAUGAAGCAAAAUGCGAAGAAAGGAAAAGCGCGAAGAAUUCGCUGA